GGCAGCUGCCAGGGAACUAGCAGCUACAGGAAAAGGGGGAAAUUGUCGCUGAGAGGAGCAGAAAUCCUCCAACUGCCGUGUUUUCAGUGAUGUAGAGAACAAGGACUCAGUUUAAUAAAACAGGACCCAUGACCCUGACACGAGGUUCCUUCAGCUACUCCAAUGGCGAGGAGUACCACGGCGAAUGGAAAGAAGGCAAGACUGAGCCGCUCUCUCUCACUCGUCAUCCUCCAUCACUGCCUACACCUGCAUGCACCGCCCACUGUUGUUAUCAUGUGAUCAGCACAACACAACGUCUGCGUCACGGCCUCGGUCAGCUGACCUUCAGCGACGGGACGUGCUACACCGGACAGUUCGAGAACGGCCUCUUCAACGGCUGCGGGGUGCUGGUCUUCCCCGACGGCUCCAGGUAUGAGGGCGACUUCGUGCAGGGAAAGUUUCAAGGCGCUGGCGUCUUCACGCACUUCGACGGGAUGAAGUUCGAGGGCGAGUUUAGAAGCGGAUGUGUCGACGGUUACGGACUGCUGACGUUGUUGGACGGAGGUGGCGGCGGCGGCGGCGGCCAUGAGGGUCUGUUCGAGACCAACCAGCUGAUGAGGCGGGAGAACAGCCAGGCCGCCGUGCUGAGAGCGCAGGCAGCAGCCGCCAAGGCCCGAGCUCUGGCCCUAUGAGCCGGACUGCAUCACCCACAGUGCACCACUCCCAGCGUCCUCUUGGUUUGAACAGCUGAUUAUGUUAUUGAUGGAGAGAUUCCUUCCAUUCUUCACUUUCUCCACUGAUUCAGGAUCAGCUGAGCCACACACAGGUCCUGCUUCAGGCUCACCUCAGUGCAAAAGGACAUUUUCUAUUUAAAUCUGGUUUUAAACUGGAACACAUUUGAUAAAAAGUGUCGGUAGGUUAAUCCCUUUAUUGAUUCUUAUCAGGUUCAGCUUCAACCUUUGCAAUUAAUUAAGUAAAAGAUGUUGAAAAAGAACCAAUUAAGAUAUUUAAUUAUAGAAGGAAUAUUUGCAUUAAUGUUUACGUCCUACGACCUGAACACGAGACAGCUGCAGAAGAUAGAACAGGUUUAAUAGAUUAAAUGUUUCUGACAGAUGCAGCUUUGUGCACUUUAUAUUAAUAAGCUAAUUGCUGAAACCUUUAAAUCUAUUAAGUUAAUAAGAUUAAAGUAUUAUUAUAAUGUGCAAAAAGGACUCCUGAAACUCAAGUGAGGAUCUGAGAGAAUGUAUUUAUUCGUAGUAAAUUAGGGGCUUUGUUUUCAAACACCUCUAACAAAAAUAUAUUUAAAUCCUAAAGUUGCCAAACCCUUGCUGACGGGUCGUCCUGCCUUCCUGUUCCAACACACGUGUGAGCUUCUUGUUCUGCAGUUUAUACUUCUUCACAUAUAAGUUGUUUCCGACCACACGGUGCCGAGCGGCUGCAGCUGAUCCACAGUCAGCUCGUUUGUAUUCGGAGACGUGUGUCAAAGAGAAUCAUCCGAGGAAACGCGCUCGUGUGCGAUGACUCUGAGCUGGAAAGGUUUCAUUCCAGAAACACGUGCGACGGAUCUUUAUGUUUAUUGUUUGCAUCAGGAAUACUUACGAUGAUGCAUAACGUGCAACAUCAUGUUCCUUAUCGUACAGCUUCUCACGUGCACGUGUCCAGAGAUGUUCUCUGUGAGGCUGAGAAGAGCAGGAGACAUCUCCACAUCUGUCGACUGAUUGUUGCAGCUCGAAACACUUCUUCACGUUUCUUCGUAUGUUUUUGAAAUGAAUCCUUCCCAGGAGGCAGUGAAGCUGUCGCCUCCCCAUCCCUGAUAAAUCACGUCACCUUCGAUGUUCAGUGUUGAUGUAGAGAUCACCAGAGGUGUUAACUUCCUGUUGGUGAACUUCACAAAGCCUGUGCUAAGCUCACUAACAUAUUUCACGUGUGCGUCGUGCCUGCUGGGGAUCAGCGUCUGUGUGUAGUGAGACCGGUGUGUAGACGUGCAAUACGCGCGCGCGUGUGUGUGUGUGUGUGUGUGUGUGUGUGUGUGUGUGUGUGUGUGUGUGUGUGUGUGUGUGUGUGUGUGUGUGUGUGUGUGUGUGUGUGUGUGUGUGUGUGUAACCGUGCUGUGGGUGGGCGGGCUGGCGGGCGGCGUAUUAAAUGGAAAAUGGAGUUAAUUGUCGGUUAUGUGAUUAUCUCCGAGUGCGAUUAAUUUAGGAAGUGGUUUGGGGGCUGAUGUCUUCCCCACUGACUGAUUUGACAGCGACAUCGAACACUGAACUGAUGUCGGCUCCUCACACCUUUUAAUUGGCUCUGGGAUCCGAAAAGAGACACUUGUUAAAUGGAGCUGAAUGUUGCCUUCAGCUGGGGGGGUGGGGGGGGUGGGGGGGGCUGUCAGUCUUGGACACUGUGUUAUUACCAGGCAAUAACCUUGUGACUGGUUUCUAGUGAUUGUCUUUUGAAUAUUGUUCUUCACUGAACUCAAUGGUCCCACGUUCCCUCACAGGGAGGAUGAACCCUUUAAUUACACACCUUGACAUUAACAUACAAGGUUUCACUGUAACCGUCUGACUUCAUGUUUCACUGUGAUGAAGAAACACAAUUCACAAGCGUCCUUCCUCCUCAGACAGCCGAUCACAACGGAUCUCUUUAACUUCUCUGUGAAAUCUGUCCGGCUCCAUAUUGAGACACUUAAUCGAUCAGCAACCGCAGGAGGAACCGUGAAGAGGCAUCGUAAUCUAACGUGUCUAGUUAAUGUUUCACUGCAGACCCGGUCUCUUUCAGGACGGGACAACAUAAGAUGUCCAAUGUUAGCUUGAAGGAACAGUUCCAGAGUCUCAUGUCGACACAUAUGGUGAUACGUUUAGCUUAGCUUAGCAUUAAGGUAGCCUAGCUCUGGUCACAGCUAAACUACUGCAGAGAGAGAUAUUCAUCUUCUCAUCGAACUCUCGAGCGUAUGUGGAACUAUUCCUUUAAGGCGACAGUCUGGUACUUUAUUGUGUUGCCCUGCGUCGGGUGAAAAGACAGAUAUCAAGUGUUGUUGGAAGAGCUGCAGUAUGCUGCCAGUGUCGUAUCCCAACCUCAACCGUCUGACAGACAUGACAGAUGUAGAGACGACCUUUUAAGUACGCCGGUCAAUUUUCAUCGCCGACCUGAGACACGAGAACGUUAGAGGUGAGAAACGUUAAACUCAGUUAACACUUUAUUUUAAUGUCGUCGGACAAUCGGCAGUUAUAUUUCGGCCGAUGCGUUCCACCUCUUCCGGUCUCCACGCGGACAGGUUACCUGCAUGCAGCUCAGAAACCAGUUCUGCAUAUGGAGGCGUAAUCUGUUCAUAGAGAUGUUGAUAUCAAUCUUCUCUUCAGUCUGCGUAGGACAACAAUAAAGUGUCUUUCCAAAAACGUCGUACUGUUCCUUUAAGAGCAUAUUUGUAUAAAUGGAGAGCACAUGCCAACCUUUAUGGUGCCAUGGAUCAUCCAACACAAGUUCAAGAAGGGAUUUCCUUUGCUAAAGCUGUAAUAUGUGAAUCUUCUGUUUUAGAAGUGGUUUCAAACCAUGAGGAGACUUAAUGCCUUGAUCUUUCCUUCAUCGCGCUACACGACUGUAUUUCACACCAGGACUUGCUGUUUUUCUCCAACAACCUUAAAUUGAAUGAAAAAUACUGUGAUUUCUUUCUGUGUUAUCAAGAAGCAAUGUUUACUACAUGUGAGGAGAUGUAAUCACUUUCAUUAUUUCCAUCUGUUCCACAGUGUUCACGUCUCACACACACACACACACACACACACACACACACACACACACACACACACACACACACACACACACACACACGCACACACACUCAAACUGAUGUUUGACACAAACACAGCCAUUACCAUAAUCUCCACUGUAAUGAGAAAAUGAGGAAAGAGCAUUGCACGUCUCUGUAAUUGUUGUUCAAUAAGUGAGCCAAUCGAGACUGGAAAUGGAAAAAACGAAAGACACAGAGGGAGUUUAUCAAGUGCCUGAACAAAAACCUUCUUCUACUGUGCUUUGAAUACUUUGAAUACUUUGAAUACCGACUGUUUUAUUAAGUUCUUCUUAAGUGUCACUGUUUUUUUAAAAGCUGUUUGUCUUCGCUGUGCUCGAUGAAGAGAAGGGAUGCAGUGUGGGGGUGGAGGCGGUCAGAAUAUGUAUCGCAGCUGAGAUUAUAGUCUGAUGACUAACGACUCCCCCGACUCCCCGCCUUCCUCUGGGCUCAGUGUUUUAGGCAGAACAGCUGAUUUCAAAUAUCUGGAGAUGUGACUACAGUUACAUUACAAGCUUUUAAAAUGUUAUUCAGGAAAUGUUUUGAUUUUUAACAACAAAAGGAAAAUAAAUGAAAUAGUUCAGGUCCCACAUUAUCCAGCUGAGACGCACCAUGGGUCCAGAUGUCUGCAAAUCUUUCAUUAUUUUCAUCAUCGUUUGGUCCACAGAAUGUCAGAAAUGAGUGAAAAAUGUCUCUGAAAGUCUCUAAAUGUCUUGUUUUGUCCAAAACCCAAAGAUAUUCACUUUAAUAUGAUAUAAGACGGAGAACAUCUCCACGUUUGAGAGGCUGGAAACAGAAUUUUGUGCCAUUUUUGAAUGAAGAAUUAGGUAAAAAACGAUUAAUUGAUCAUCAAAACUCCCUAAAAUGAGUUUAUUCCCGCCCACAAACACGACGCCUGUAGUCGUAUGAAGUCUAGUCGUCUCAGUUUGGGCUACACAUGGAUGCAUGGUGUAAUCACUUCAGGUAACUCACCUGCAUGUGGACAUGUUAUAGCUCUUAUAAUAAACAUGCAGACAAAGCGGACAUGCCGAAACGUAUCCUGUGAACUCUUUAGAGGGGUGAAGCCUCGGUGAUGUGGGACCUCCUGAACGAACACGUGUGGUAUGUUGAACGCGAGGCUUCGUCCUCGUUCCUGCACCUUAAACACUGAAGAGCAUCUGAGGCCUGUUGUUGUCACAAAGCCAUAAUGUCACUUUUGUCGUUUCUGAUGAAUUUGUUUGUGAAACAAAGAUGUCACGAGAAAAAAAAUAAAAAUGGACUUUUAAAUGGAAAGGAAUCCGCAGAGGAACAAUAAAGAAAAC